AGCCACAAGCUAGAUCUCUGGAAUUGAAGCUAAGAUAUAAGCUGUGGGUAUCUAUCUGGUUUCUUCCGUCUCCUCAGAGCCUUCAGCAGCCAGAAUUUAAGAAAAGUUGUUUGAUUGAUAACAACGUCGCUUGGGAUGACGAUCUACGGGAAGAUAAUUCACCCUAUGCACCCUGACCAUGUGCUGAAGCUGGAGCAGGAGAAGACACCUUACAUCUGUAAUGGUUGUGGGGAACUGGGAUUCAACUCUCGAUAUACAUGCGAAGAGAAGGCAUGCAACUUUCAUCUCCACAAGGACUGUGCCACCCCUGAGGAAAUUAUCACCCAUCCUUUCUUCCCAGGAUGCUUCUUCCAUUUCCUCCAAUCAGGCGAGCCAAAUCGGGUCUGUGAUGCAUGCGGGAGGGGCAUUAAAGGCUUUGUCUACCACUGCUUUGAUGAAGGAUGGGACCUGCACCCAAGCUGUGCAGCCCUACCACAUGUGAUGGAGGAGGGUGAAGUAAAGCUAGUCCUCCAGCAGAAGGUGUCAUCCAAAUGCUACCGAUGUGGGAAGAAGGAGCUCAGGAAGGGAGCCAAAAGCUGGUCUUAUGUAUCGACAUCCAAGGAGUGCCAUCUCCAUGUGGCCUGUGUGAAGGAGAUCCUGCUUGACAACUGGGAGAAGGAGAACCUUGGUGAUGUUAAAAGAGAGGUCAAAGCAGCGACAGGGGACAGUCUAGCACUGAAGAGCACCGCGCCUAAGCUCCAAAUUGUUCUUGAGAAGAAAAGGAGCAAGUUUGGGAAGUUUGCAAAGCUUAAAAAAAUAGCGAAGAUUGCAAUUACUUUUAUCAUGGCUGCGGUAGUUGGAGACCCCACGGCUCUGGUUGCAGCUCUGAUUGCAUCCCUUAUCGCUCAUUGACAGAGCAAGGCUAUGUCUAGUUGCUGAGAAAAUGCGAUGCAAGUCUACUCCGUAGACCAAAAUAAGAAGAUUGAGUCUUGACAAAAUUUUGAUGUUUCUUUCUCCCUUUUUUUUUAUGUUUAUAGUACUCGUUUGUGAUAAGACUCGGCUUUCGCGCAUGUUGUCUUGUUUGUUGCAUGCUACUGUGAGCAUACCUUUUUGUAGUGCAAAAUAAUACGGAAUCUGCAAUUCCACCAUUUGUCUUGUGGUCUUUCCAAUUAUUCAUUAUAUUUAUCCCAUAACUAGGAAAUAAAAUCGAAGUCCGGAAGAGACUCAUGCCCUCGAAA